AUGGCUCCGAAAAGAAAGACGGGUUCGGCUACAUCCACUCCCGUGAAGAAGCAAAAAGUGGGGAAGCAUUCCCCUGAGGCGACCAAGAGAUUCUACCAGUCAACAGUGAACCUACUCUUGGACCUUCGUGAAGGGGAUGAACAGUUAGCGUCGGCGUUUAUAAAGCUACCUUCCAAAAAGUUUUACCCGGACUACUAUCACCUUAUCAAGAAACCUGUUUCCAUAAACGAGAUACUCAAGAGAAUAAGCACUAGAUACACGGGAGAGUCAACCAGUGAAUUUGUGGAAGAUUUCAACCAGUUGUUGGAUAACGCUUCGACGUACAAUGAUUCCGGGUCCUGGAUCGUCAAGAAUGCUCAGAAAUUGGUCAACGUUGUCAAGGCGCAAGUGGAUGAAUUUGAAAACACAACACCUGCUCCUGAAGAAGAACCAAAGCCCGCGAAGCUCAAGUUGAAACUCCACAAACCUGCGCCGGAAAGCGCGCCAGAAAGCGCGCCAGUGUCGGACCCCGCGGAACUGCUCACCUAUUCCACCCUCUCCCGCGCUUGUCAAGAAGUGCUAGAUGAUGUCAUUAACCAUAAAUUCGAGGAGAUUGGCGUAAUCAGUGUCCCCUUCCAGGAGGAAGUAGACCAGAGCAUUUACACCGACUACAAAAACUUUGUAUCAAAACCAAUGUCUUUUUCAACUGCUUCGGAUUUGAUCAGCUCCAGGAAGAUAUUCAACCCCAAGAAAACCUUGACUGAAAAUUUACAGAGCUUCCAUGAUACCGUUUGCUUAAUCUUUUCCAACGCGCGCGCGUACAAUAACGAAGGGUCCCAGAUAUCGCAAGAUGCCACGUUGUUGGAAGAGUAUUUUGAAGAGCAGUAUAAAAAGCUCAAGGCCAAAGCUGAAGUGGAGGAACAAUCAAAAAAUCACCUCAAGUUGAAACUCAACUUGAAGCCGGAGAAAAAGGCCAAAAAGGUCAAGGAGGAGGCGAAGGAAGUUGUAGAAACACCCAAGGUUGAAGUAGCGUCGCCAGUGGCAGCGCCAGUUGCAAUCAUCGUGCAAGAUCAACAGCAGCAGCACCAACAGUACCAAGAUCACCUGCACCUGCAACAGUACCUGAAUCAAGAACUGCAGCAGGUUGCUACUGCUGUACCAGCCGAGACAGCUGCUCCAGCAGAAGCUAAACCUCGCCCUGAGGUCACCACUGACAAGACCACUGAAGACACCAUGGGCAAGUCCGCCCCAACACUUCUUGAGAGCAACUCGAUCAUCCAGGAGUCGUCUAUCUUCUCAUCGCCAGCAAUUGUAUCGCAAAUCACAAAGUUUGUUGAUCAGAAAACGGCCGCGUCGAUAUCGAGUUUGAAAUCGCGCGCAGUGGAGACGAAGGAAGGGUUGUUCCCUACUCUUGCAAACCAGUCUCUGGCAACCUUGUUUUCGUACAAGGUGCCUGCAAACGGCUAUGUCGACCAAGCCUACACGUUGGCGCUUCCCAGCGAUAUCCUGCCGUUUGUAUCUUUCAAGGCUUCUUUACAUCAGUUAUUGUUCCAAACAAAAGAACCAGAUCUCAUUGACGGGCACGGAUAUUUGAACCUGACUUCGGACGAAGAGUUUCAAUGCAAACUACAAGUUAACGACGAGGAAGUUAUUCAGCCCAGCGAUUGCUUUGAAGAGAGAAAGGGGCAACAAAGCGUGCUCAGUGUUCAAUAUGACAUCAAGUUGAGCCACGGGUUGAAUGUGUUAACUUUUGAGUGCAAAGUUGCUCCCUCUUUGAGCAAAAGAGUGAAACACACUGUGCUUCAGGAACACAUGGAGGACUUGAGUGGCAGCAGACAUACGAGGCACCAACUACAGCAAAUGAAAAUGACAUGGGAUGUCGAGACGAUUACUUUUUAUAUAGUCUGCAAUUUUGUUUGA